AGUGCGGUCGACUCGUCGAUGCGCAGCUGUCCGCGCCGCGCUUGUCAAUUUUAAGUUUUCCGAAUCGCGUGUGUAAAUAAACAAAUUAUUUUACUUUUCAUUGCGAAUAAUAUAAUGAAGUGAUACAAAUGUUUGUUUAAAAACCGUGUUUACUAACAGUGUAGCGUUUGAACAAAACCGUAACCGCUUCUCGCAAUGACAAGGGAGAGCACUCGGUUACCUUUUAAGAAACCCGGAGGCAUUACAAUGUUUCAUGUGGCCUAAUUGAUGCCUCGUAUUUGCUGAUAAGUGUAUACGUUGAUUUCAAGGACUAUUGUGAAUCGUUCGGAAGUAUUACAAUCUUUGUUUCGAGUUUAUCGACUCGGUCGUCAGUCGUCAAGAGUACACGUUGAAAAUGAGUGUUAUAAGUGGUUUGAGUAAAGCUGACAUCAAGACGGCGAGUGAUGGUCUGCUGGAGCUCUCCGAGGAGAAGCUCCGCAGCAUCAUGCGCACGGAGCCCAUCACAGACGUCUACCACGUGGAACAGACUCCCUUUGCAAGGGGCAAGUUCGCAUCAGUCCGCAAGAUCCGGCACCUGGUCUCCGGCGAGGAGUACGCAGCCAAGUUCAUCCGCAAACGGAGACGCGCUGCAGACAGUUCCAGAGAGAUCCAGCAUGAGGUCGCCGUACUAGCGCUGUGCGCUGGCUGCACACGCGUCGUCAGAUUGCAUGAGGUGUACGAGACCCGUUCGGAAGUGGCCAUAGUCCUGGAGCUGUGCGCGGGCGGCGAGCUCCAACGCCUCCUGGACGAGGAGGAGCGCCUCUCCGAAGGCGCCGCGCGCCGGGCGCUCCGUCACGUACUCGAGGGCCUAGCACAUUUACACGCUCGACGCAUCGCACAUCUUGACUUGAAGCCACAGAACUUACUCCUCACUGGAGGGGGCGAAGAGCUACUUAUCUGCGACUUUGGAAUCAGUCGCGCUAUUCAGCCUGGAGCGCAUGUUAGAGAAAUUUUGGGGACGAGGGAUUAUGUUGCACCAGAAAUCCUCUCCUACGAGCCUCUGUCCCUGGCGGCGGACAUGUGGUCGGUGGGCGUGCUGGCCUAUGUGCUGGUCAGUGGCUACUCGCCCUUCGCCGGCGAGACGAAGCAGGAGACCUACCUGAACAUCGCACAGUGCCAGCUCAGCUUCCCGAGAGACCUGUUUAGAGGAGUCUCGCAGAGAGCCAUGCAGUUCAUCAGGGACACACUCGUCGUGGAUCCUAAGGGUCGUCUUACAGUGGAAGAGUGCCUGGAGCACCCCUGGCUCAAAGACGACACCGACAUCCCGCGAGCCAUCGUCGGCCUCGGGUUCGACACGGCGGCCAGUGACUCCGAUGAGACGGAGAACGGAGUCAACGGCAAUGGUGUUAAUGGACAUAAUGGAGUCAAUGGGGUCAAUGGACACAGCAACGGGACUAAUGGGACACAUGAUGAGGAAAAAGAGCGGGCUGUGUCGCCAUGUGCGGAGGAGCGCCUGCCGCCGCUGAAGCACGCGCACGCGCGCGACCCCGCGCCGCCCUUCCCCGACGCGCCCUCCACGCCCAAGGUGAGGAUCGUGGUGUCCCGCAAGUCGCUCCCCUCGCCGCCGUCGGUCCUGGCGCUGUGCAAGAAGUUCCAGCCCGACUACGAGAAGCCGGCGGCGCGCGCCUGCCCGUGCGAGUGCGGCGCCUGCUGCCCGCCCGCGCCCGCGCCCUGCCUGCGCCUGCGCCUGCCGCCCGCGCGCGCCGCGCAGGACCGCGCGCUCAUCUGCUAGCGCCUACUUACUGCUGGCGCCUCUUGUCUGCGCUGGCCUACUAGAGGGCGCUGUACUUAGGUGGGCUUUACAGCGAACACUUAUCCGUUUUAAGCGGGCGACAAAUCUACGAGCGAGUACUUAUGACUCGACGAAAAUUUCGAACCGAUCGCAUCGUCGCGGCGGUUUUAAAGUUUACGGUGACACGCAAUCGAAAAAGGUCGUCGAGCCAUAGGUACGCGUACUCGUUCGCACGUCUAUCACCCGCUUGAAAUAAAGAUGUGACGUCUUGAUACGAUGGCAUUUUGAGCGUUAGGUUUCCCCGAAUGCGGAAUCUAGUUUCACCGACCGAAAAUAACUCGUCAGUAGGAAAUCUAUUUGAGAAAACUUUACACCGAUUUAAUUAAUACUGAGCGUGUUAUAAACGCCAUAUUUAUAAAAAUUUUAUACUAUUCACGACGACAACGUGUUAACUUAUUCGAAUUGAUUUACGGUUGUAUUAUUUCCUUUAAUUGUAAAACGUUUUCCUGACGAUAAUAAGUAUUUAAGUUUCACCAUCGCUUAACUGAAACGUACAUAAAAUGCUUCGCUCAAAAGUCCAUCUUUAAGAUCCUACCCUCAUCUGCCGGCGCCAAUGUUUCUGGCACGAGCAAACUAGAGGGCGCUCUAGUUACUGAACUUGGAUGUGAUCCCCUUUUUCAUAAUUUACAGUACUUAAAGUUUUUGACCGGUAAAGAAAUUAAUUAUAAACGAGAGACAUAUUAGUUGCCGUUUAAGUUGAUUUCGGUCAAUAACUUAAUAUUUGUCAAUUCUGAAAAUAGAGAAAGAUUUAAAAAACUGCCCGGUGAAGAAAGUGAUAUGUUUGUAUGUCUUUGACCUAUUAAAAAUACUACUGAUAUUUCAGUACCAAUGUGAAAUGAUAAAAUUACUACUUACAACAUGUAAAGUGAACGAAACAUAAUGGUUAAUAAUAAUAAAAUAAAUUGUACUAAAGUAUGUGUAAAAUCUGUAAAAUUACCUUAUCAAAUGUUAUUAAGUAUAUCAAAAAAUUGCAUUUUCUCAAACAUGCAAUGAAAUAUUGUCUUUACGUUCCUUAAAAUGGGCUGGGAAGUAUCGCUUUUUGGGCGCAACAACUCGAGAGGACUGUAAAGGGA